AUGGCCAUUCCAACAACUCCGGCCGCGCCUCGCGUCUCGCAACCUCCGGUGCCUGAGGCGCCCAUCGACAUUGAGGCCUGGACCGAGGAGGCUUCGGAAGCCCUUGGCGCCAUUCACAUCACCCCUCCCGCCGCGCGCAUUGCGCCGCCUACCGCCAUCCGCGGCACGACCGUGACGCUGGACAUCCCGCUAGACGACCAUGUGCAGCCGCAUGCGCAAAGCGGCGAGAAUGGCCAGGCCACGGCUGCUCAGGCCGUCCGGACUGGAUACACGCGCCGGCAGGAGCCGCUCCGGCGCGACAGCUUGAAGCGGCGUGAGGCCCUCCUGAAGGGCAAGGAGGGCAGCCGCCAGCGGCGCCGCUGGGAGAACGACCGCCUCCUAAACAACCCUCACGCCCAGCCGCCGCUCCCUAGCGAUUGGGAGGUCCGCCCGCAGUACCAGUUCCACUAUGUGCCGUACGCCGUCGCGUCGUAUUGGGACAAGGAGCUGGCCGCGCGCAACGCGGCGCGCAACACGAAGGGUGCCAAGCCGGCAGUGAGCAAAGAGGAGGAAGCGGCGGCGGAGGCGCUGAAACAAGUGCGCGAGCGGCUGAAGAAGAAGCGCGCCGCGCGCAGCAUGCUGGAGGACAUCGAGCGCGAGGUGCGCAAGUUCGUCGAGAAGUGGGAGGACCGGGCGCGCAAGGACGAGCAGGACGAUCUGAUCGACCCUGAUUCUGAGGACGAACAGAUCGUCUUCGUCGGCCGCAACGGCCAGAUGAGUGACAUGCGUGCGGCCGAGGAAGAGCUGCGGAAGGACUUGAUGGUCUUCGACAGCUUGGUGGGCGACCGUAGCGCCGCGUUUGGCCGCUGGCUCGUUCACUCCAUCGCCGCCUACUAUGGGCUCGAGACCUGGUCCAUCACAACAGGCACACCCGCCAAGCGGGAGGCGUACAUCGGCAUCAAAGAGAACAGGCGAAAGACCGGCCACAGAAACGCCAUGCGCAGGCCAUUGCCGCAGCCCUUGUGGAGCAUGGUUUGA